ACUGUGAUCUGUGACCUGUGUACGUCUUGACAUAAAGGAGCACCUCUCUGCAAGUCUGAAAUCAUCCAACAGUGAAAGCAGUAUUCGUGGCAUGACUACUACAAACAAGGGAAACAAGGCACUAAAGGUGAAGCGGGAGCCUGGAGAGAAUGGGACGAGUCUGACGGAUGAUGAGCUGGUUUCCAUGUCUGUACGGGAGCUGAACCAGCACCUGCGGGGCCUUUCCAAGGAAGAGAUCCUGCAGCUGAAACAACGGCGGCGCACACUGAAGAACCGGGGCUACGCCGCCAGCUGCCGCGUCAAACGCGUCACCCAGAAGGAGGAGCUGGAGAAGCAGAAGGCGGAGCUCCAGCAGGAGGUAGAGAAACUCGCCUCGGAAAACGCCAGCAUGAAAGUGGAGCUAGACGUGCUGCGUUCCAAAUACGAGGCCCUCCAGAGCUUUGCCAGGACUGUGGCCCGUGGCCCCGUGACCCCUGCCAGGAGCCCCAUCACUUCUGUUAUCGGGCCUCUAAUUCCAGGCAAGGUGGCGGCAACUAGCGUUAUCACCAUUGUGAAGUCCAAAACAGAAGCAAGGUCGUAAUGCACCGUAAGGGGUUGGGGUGUGGAGGGAUGGGAGUGGCAUCGGAUGAGCAUCAUUGGUCAGUGUAUGAUUGUCAAGCACAGGCGCUUCUUGUUCUCCUAUUUAGUUUGGAAAAAGGCUGAAUGUGCUCUCUUCGGGCAGGACCUUCCUUUCGGGCUGUUAUUUAAGAAAAAAAAGAAAAAAAAAAAAAGCUUAGCAUAAGCUGGUGUCUCUGCUACACGUGCAUGCUACAGAAGCACAGAUAUACACACUCUGCUGUAUACGGAGGAAACUUAGACACUC